AGUAAUGAAUGUUUUUUUUUUCUCGUUGCAGGUGAGUGUCGGAGUUAAGCCGUGUGUUAAGUUGGUUGCCGGCAUGGCGCUUCCCUCCGCAGCCGUCUAGCCGCCGUCACGCAGCUGGUCAAGGUGAGCUUCAGCUAACAGUCUCCAUGUAGAGGGGGCGGUGGUAGAGUGAGCGCGAGGAUCUAGUGUGAGUGAGGUCCCUCGGCGGCACACGUCCCCAGCCCGCCAUGGAGGGGACCAGGUCCCUGCUCUCAGACAGACUAGAGGCCCCCAAGCCACACUUCUCUCUGCGGCUGGAGGACGCUCCCCCCCUACUGCCGGACAGGGGUAAGUCCCCCCUCACUCUGGCCAUGGACGCCUCUAAUUCCCAUCUGAGCUCUGUGGCUGAAAGCUUCAAGUCUCACUUCCCCCCAAACGCGGAGGGCGCUAAGUCACUCCUGCAAGACUUGGAGGGAACUAUGGCCCUUCUUGCGGCCCGGGGGACGGAGGGCGCCAAGGCCAUGUACCCCAUGGGGAUGGAGGGCCUCCGCUCCUUCCUGCCAUACGGCGGCGAGGGCGUCAAGUCGUACCUGCACGAGCGGAUGGAGAAGCCCCACAAAGCCGUCCGGGAGAGGAGAGAGGAGAGCAAGGGGUCGGAGGGGAGCGGGAACCCCGAGAGCGGCGAGGGGAAGAGGUGUCAGCAGCACGAGCGUCCGCGGGAGGCCAAGAGCGGCUCGGCCAGGAGGGAGGCGAGCCCCAUGGCCCAGCAGUUGUCCAACCCUCGCCACGACGCCCAUCUCGUCCACGCCAUCAGAGAGUUGCACGAGGAGGAGUUCGGUCUAGAUGCUGUGCUCCUGGCCGAGGGCGGCCACGUGGGGGCUCACUGCGCUGUUCUUGCAGCCGCUUCUCCUUUCCUCAAGACCCUGCUCCUGCACGCCAACGACCAUCCUGCCAUCAUCUCUGUCACAGGAACUACAUUAGCAACUCUUCAGGCACUGGUUACAUGCCUAUACACAGGUAGCAUUCCAGCUGAUGCAAGUUUGUAUAACCUCACAGAAGCCGCCAAACUUUUGAAGAUGGAUGAUUUGGCAACCGUCCUACAGAAAACACUUCUUGCUCAAGGUGGAUCUCUCCUGGACGUGUCCAAGGCUUACUCCUCUUUGAGGCCCAAUAGUGGGUACACGUCGCUGGCCCCAGGCUCGGGCCAGGAAUUGCGGUUCGAAAAGACGGGCAAGAAAAUCCGCAGCAAUCGGUUGGACCAAAUUCUGUACCAGAAACUGAAUGUGAAUCAUUUGGCACCAUCUGACAUCCCUGAUCCCACUCAUGUGCCUCCCCAGGAUCCUCCCCAUGUGCCUCCCCCAGAGUCUCCCCGAGUGCCUCUCCUAGACUCCUCUAGAGUGCCUCCCCCUGACCCCCGAGGGGGAAUCUUGGGUGAACUGCUCACCAAGGCAGAUCCUCUGCGAACAGUGUUCUCCACCCAGUCAGCGUACUCCAUUGCUGAUUUAGGAUUUGAUUCUUCGGGCACUCCUCUCAGACCUCUUAACUUGUCAAAGCCUAACAAGAGUCACUCUCCUUCCAGCACUUCCUCAAUUUCCUCCGCGUACAGCACUUCCUCAGUGUCAUCACCUUAUACUUCUUCACUGAGUUCUACAUCUUCCACCACCACGACAUCAUGCAGCUUAUCGUCUUCAAGUAUUGCAUCCCAGUCAGAUAUUAACCUUAGUACCCUGUCAUCCUUGGCAUCAGCAAUGCCUGCGGGCAGUAUGUCAGGUCUCCUCACGUCUUUGACACCAUCCAGCUUACCUUCAAUGAUGUCGCAGUCGGCCCUUGCAUCUCUUGCUACUUCUUCGACAUUAGCUUCUCUUGCAGCCCAACACCCCUCUGUUCCCACUUCUCCAUCCAAGAGCAAAAGCUCUCCUAACUUUGGGAGUAAUAGGAGCAGAAGUUCCAGCAAGAGUAGCUGCAGUGGGAGAAGUAUCAGCAGACCUAAUAGUAGCAGUAACAGUAAUAACAACAGAAAGUCUAGUCAGCACAGCCUACCAUUAUUGUACACCCUAAAAGGUGGAAUAAUGACCCCAGAAGUUGCCAAGGAAGUAUAUGAACAGUUGAAAUUAAAUCCACAAUUAGCUACACUUGCUGGUUUUAACAAUCUGCAUAAUAUGUCCAGUCUUAGCAGCUCUAGCAGCCUCCAGAACUUGGCUGGUCUCCAUAAUCUAUCAAGUCUGCAGAGUUUUCCAUCCCUCUUCCCUUUCCUUGCACCUGUAUCAACUGAAAGCUCGUUAGCUAGUGGAAGUGCCAUUUCCUCUGGUGGCAAGAAAUCACAGACAUCGCCAGUGCCACCUUCAAGUGAAUUCUGUGAUGGAAAUACAAGUUCUGUACCAAAUACAAAUGAUGCAAACUCAGUACAAGCUUCCUCUGAUGAACCUCAUGUGGCCCUUAACUUGAGUAGUAGUGCAACAACUACAAGGAGUGAGUCUCCAGAUGUGGUUACCGUAGAGGAUUCUAGUGUGCCAGUUACUUCUGCAAACGGCAGUAUUACUCAGCCUUCAGCUCUUUGUGUUACUGUGGACGAUGAUGAAAAAAUAAUUCCAGUAUCUCAAACGACACCCGUAACGGAUGUAAUUGCUAAUGGUCCUACUACCUUGUGUCACAAUUCUGUGGAUGGUGCAAUUGAUGUGGUGGGAAGCAAUGAAGAUGGUUUGCCUAGUGUUAGUGUGGCAGCUGGACUGGCCCACAGUGGCAUCGUUUCGCUUUCAAGUCAGAGCAGCACUUUAGACGGCAGCAGUCUUCCUCUGCUUCUCAUGAGUUCCGGAUCAGCAUUAAGUGGACUCGCUCAGUCACAAAGUGAUAUCAAAGCUAUCACUGACCUCUCUCCUGAUUCUCAGGGUGCACUGCAGGAUUCAAGCAAGCUGGCUGCAGAGCUUGUGGAAACAUGUGAAGACAUUGGAAUUGAAGUUGUGGACGAAAUUCCUGGAAUUAAUCGCUGCCAUGUACAUGCGCGGAAAACUCUCUAUCAUGCUGGCCAUAUGGGGAGAAAACGGAAAGGAUGCGGAGAGUGUGAAGGUUGUCAAGUAGUUGAAGACUGUGGCCAAUGUAGGUUUUGCCGUGACAAGGCAAAGUUUGGAGGUCCUAACAGACUAAAGCAAGUUUGUGUCUAUAAAAGAUGUGUCUUUGGAGGGACUCCUAAUAGAAGAGAUGUGUCUGCUCACAGUGGUGGAAAAAGGUGCGAGGAAGAUGUGGCGGCUGCGAUGGGUGUCACAGCAGAGCGACUGCGUGCGAGUGCUACAUCUUGUCUCCACAACGCAGCACAGCCACCAGCGCGGAGAAAGUUCAACACAGUUCUUUCCACCCCAGUUUGUGAGAUGCGGGUUUGCGAGCAGCAGCAGAUGGAGAAGUGCGCGCGCAGCUCUCAGUGUUGGGCGGGAACCCUCGCUUACUCAACCGACUCGCUCAUGGCAGAAAGUCUGGGCAUGACUCCGGCACCUCUAGUCCUACUCAGAUGGCCAGCCUAG